UUGCUGCAGUCUCUUAACAGUCGACUAAAUAACCCAAUUUCUGUUUCAUGUCGCCUGUUGCCGCCGAAAACCCAUUGUACGGCGGCUUUCUGUUGUAAUACCAUGGUGGACACUAUGGCCAGGCCACCUGAAUCGUGGGGACAGGACCCUUAUACUCCACGACGCGCUUCCUACUAUCCUCAAGAACAACGUGGCCAAGAUAUACGUCUACCCUCUCUUCCUAGCCUAGUUAAUGGACCACACGGAAAUCAGGGAACACCAAAUAGGCAGCCCCCGGUAACCUACAGGCAGAAUGCGUACGAAGGUCACUACGCGACUUCCUCACCCGUGCACCAAAGCCCACCGCCACCGAUGCCGGGUCCCGACUUACACACGGCAGUACCCAGCCCCUACGUAAGACGACCGGUAGAGGUAGUCAACCGUAUGCGUCCCGGACAUCCACCAAAUGUAGGCGACCGGCCUGUGGAACUACCAGAUCAUAUCCGAUACCGCCAAAUACCCAACGAGCCUAGCCCAUUGCAAACUUCCAGACCACCAAUACAGCCAGGACGGAUGAUAGAAUCACCACGGCAACCACAUUAUGCAGAAACACACCAACACCAACACCAACCAGCUAGGCCAUCUUCGGAUUAUUCACACCGAGAGGCCCGUGUUCAACGCUCCCCACAGACAGUAAAUGCCCCUCGCCAGACAUGGCCGCCGCAACAACCCGAAUCUCGGGCUCCCGAGCGGAUGAGGAUAUCGGAAUUAUUAAGCGACGAGCCAAAAACUGGGGAAUCAGGCUCUUCUAAGGCGCCGGAACGCAGAAAGGGAGCACCUGCCGCUACUUCAGCAUAUAAGCUAAGGGUACGCCAGCAACCAGUCGCAGCAAGAUCCUGCGGAUUUGGCGAGAGGGACCGUAGAGUUAUAGACCCACCACCGAUUGUGCAGGUCUUCAUCGAAGACCCUAAAGCUUCUCAAGAAGAAAUUAGGUCACAGCUUAAGUUCCGAUUCUCAGUUAUGCAUUGCACGAUCUGGAACGAGACGGGCGAUCAGGAUUGUUCAGGGAUGCCGGAUGAUUACCGCCAACAGCGGAGAUUGAUGGGAACGAUAGUAUCGUCGCCAUUCGUAGGCUUUGACGAGAACAACGAAGAAGGAUGUUUCUUUUGUUUUCCGGAUUUAUCCUGUCGAACGCCAGGCACGUUCAGAUUGAGGUUCAGCUUGGUAAUUCUAGACCCGAAUUCCAUACCCGGAUCGAAGACGCCGGUAUGUGCUAUCGCCAUGAGCGAGGCAUUUACAGUCUACAACGCCAAGGACUUCCCGGGGAUGCGGGCGAGCACGGCUCUAACGAAGAGGCUAAAAGAGCAAGGAUGCCUCAUCUCCAUCAAAAAGGGGAAUGAGAGAAGUCACGCACGUGACGAUAGUGAAGACGAUGACGACGAUGAAGAAGACGGUGGUGGUGGUGGUGGUGGUAGUUCAGCAACACGACGAGUAAAGCGAACUAGAAAAUCAUGACGUUUUCUCACCAGACCGGACUCUACGUUAACUUAUAAGAAUGUUUGGACUCAGAAUAGUCUAUUUCAUGAUGGCUUCCUGCGGUUUACGGGAAAGGAAUAACACUAGUACUGUAGGGGUGAAAAUUGCUCCCAAAGGAUCUGGACAUAUCGGCUUAUACGGAAAAAGCACGAAAGAAGCAUAUACGACAUGAUAUAUAGAGAUGGAUAAAAGGAACAGGCAUAUUCACUCACUAUCAUGCGGGUGACUUAUGAUGGUGUUGGCAUGGAAAUAGGAACAGGAAUUGGAAAUGGACUCGGAAUCGAAUCGAGAGGUAGUCAAGGAUUUUGGUUUGUUUGAUCCAUUUUUCUUAUUCUCUUUGUAUUUUGGAUGGCUUGGACAAACGUCCUAGAAUCACUUAUGAAAUACCCCCAUA